GCAAGUGCACGACAGGCUCCCAUUAAUAUUAGCCGACAUGUUCACAGACCUAAUAUACAAAAGAAGAGUUGAAAGCAAACCUGUGAUCAUUCUCAGUUUGCCAAAAUGGAACUGGCAAUCCCAUCUUUCCUCAUCAUCUCCCUCAUCUUAAUUGUCCCUUUGCUGAACUUAAUCAUCAGGUUCCGUAUUUCCAGGCCAAAGUUGCCUCCAGGGCCCUGGAAGCUCCCUCUUAUCGGAAGUCUGCAUCACCUGUCGGGCGGCUCAGGCCCACACUAUGCCCUCAGAAACUUGGCACGGAAAUAUGGGCCUAUCAUGCACUUACAGCUCGGUGAGAUUUCUGCAGUUGUGAUCUCAGCCCCCAGAGUGGCUAAAGAGCUAUUAACAACGCAUGAUCUUGCCUUCUCAUCCCGGGCGAGGCUCCCGUCUCUUGCUAUCAUUACCUACAACUACCAAGACAUGGUCAUGGCUCCCUACGGCGAUUACUGGAAACAGAUGCGUAGGAUUUGCUUCUCUGAACUGCUGAGCUCCAAGAAUGUGCGCUCGUUUAGCACUAUUAGAGACGAGGAGGCAGUGAAUCUCGUUGAGUCCAUCCGUUCACAUCCCUCGUUGAUGCCAAUGGACUUGGCUCAGAAGGUCUUAUCAUACACUAAUGACGUGCUCUGUAGAGCAGCAUUUGGCAAGUCUCGUGGGGGCAAAGAUGAAUUCCUACCGCUAAUUAUUGAGUUUGGAACUUCUUCUGGAGGCUUUGACGUUGCUGAUUUGUUUCCUUCGAUAACGUUCCUUCCAGCGGUUACUGGGUUGAGGACCAAACUUAUGAAGCUGCACCACAAACUUGAUCAGGUCUUGAACGUCAUCAUCGAUGAGCAUAUGGAGAGGCUGAGAUUCGGGCAACAUGCUGAGGAAGAUAUUGUUGAUGUGCUCUUAAGAUUCAAAGAAAAGGGCAACCUCGAGUUUCCUAUAACAUUGGAUAACAUAAAAGCUAUCACUCUGGAUAUGUUUAUUGCUGGGACGCACACCACUGCAGCCACUGUUGAAUUUGCAAUGGUGCAAAUGAUUAAACACGCGAACGUGAUGGAGAAAGCACAAUCAGAAUUGAGGCAUGUUUUCAGAGGCAAAGAGAGAAUUCUUGAGUCCGACUUGGAGAAAGUAAGCUAUCUGAAGAUGGUGAUCAAAGAAACUCUGAGGCUCAACCCCCCCGUUCCCUUAUUGCUUCCAAGAGACUGCAAGGAUUGGCAGAAAGUCUAUGGAUAUGAUAUUCCCCCUAAAACCAAAGUCGUACUGAAUGUCCUGGCAAUCAAUAGAGAUCCUGAGUAUUGGGUCAACGCUGAGGCUUUUGAACCAGAAAGAUUUGCUGAAAGCAGCAUAGAAUUCAUCGGGACAAACUUUGAGUUCAUACCGUUUGGAGGAGGAAGAAGGAUGUGCCCUGGAAUAUCUUUUGGUUUGGCCAGUGUGGAGCUUCUUCUGGCUCAGCUGCUCUACCACUUCAACUGGAAACUCCCUGAUGGAUUGAUGCCUCAAGAUUUGGACAUGACUGAGAUACUCGGCCUUGCUGCUAAGAUGAAAAACAAUUUGUCCCUUCUUGUUACUUCCUAUAAGUCAUAAUCCUCUUUGUUAGUCACUGUUACUCAUGUAUAAUGUUCAAUAAUUCUUUUGGCCUGGAGAUUAGCAGUUCCUCAGUUCUGCAUCAUACAAAAAUGUCAAUCUGUAUGACUCUGCCCAAUAAAUUUCACCGUUUUGUUCAUUGUGGGUUGCGGUUUAUAUUUUGUUCAAAAGCAAAGAGGAUGCAUGUUUAUAUGA